CAAAAACACAAGCCGAAGAUAUCGGCUGUAGCAGAAACCUCGGCAGAGUCUCCUGUCGAAGAAUUUCUCCCGAGAAAUUACCUGCAUCAUCAAAAAUGCUGUCCAAAUUCAUCAGGUCCGUUGUGCAACAGGGCCAUGCAAACCAGUACAGCGCAUGGUCAGGUGCCCGAAAUACAGCCUCUUUGAUGUGGACAGACUUCUGGGAACUCUCAAUGAGAGCCUUGGCACCUUUUAUGACCUCUUCAGUAAGGAACAGUGGAACAGCAACUGAAGCAACCUUUGAGACAAGACCCUACAAAUUGCACAAACUUGAGACGCCCCCAAACAGCACGACGUCAUGCACUCGGGACGAAGCCCUCACUUUUUAUACGCAGAUGCAGAUGAUCAGGAGAAUGGAGAGUGCUGCUAGCAACCUCUACAAGGAAAAGGCUAUUCGUGGAUUUUGCCAUUUGUACAGUGGCCAAGAAGCUAUUUGUGUUGGUAUCAAGGGAGCUCUGAGGGCACAAGACUCUGUCAUCACUGCCUACCGAGACCAUGGAUGGGCGUACGUCAUGGGUUGCAGCGUCACAAGUAUCAUGGCAGAAUUGACGGGAAGGACACAAGGAAUGGCCAGAGGCAAAGGAGGUUCCAUGCAUAUGUACGCUAAGAACUUCUACGGUGGUAAUGGUAUUGUAGGUGCCCAGGUGCCUGUAGGUGCCGGCAUCGCCCUCGCUAACAAGUACUUGGAGAACAAUGGUAUCAAUGUCAGUCUUUAUGGUGAUGGAGCUGCCAAUCAGGGCCAGCUUUUUGAAGCAUACAACAUAGCCAAGCUGAUGAAUUUGCCAGCCGUAUUUAUUUGUGAGAAUAAUGGUUAUGGCAUGGGUACUAGUGUUGACCGAGCCUCAGCCUCAACCAACUACUACACUCGUGGAGACUACGUGCCUGGAAUAUGGAUUGAUGGUAUGGAUGUACUGAGUGUGAAGGAGGCCAUCAGUUACUGCGUAGAGCAUUGCACUUCUGGAAAAGGACCUUUAGUCCUGGAGGUCGCAACAUACCGCUACCACGGUCAUUCCAUGUCUGACCCUGGUACAUCUUAUCGUACACGUGAUGAAAUCCAGGAGGUCCGUCAGACCAGAGAUCCAAUCAUGCUCUUUAAGGAACGCAUUCUGUCUGCAGAUUUGGUUACAGCUGAAGAGCUCAAGAAAAUCGAUGGUGAAGUGCGCAAGGAAGUUGAUGAGGCUGUCAAGAUUGCAAAGACAGACAAGGAAAUUGCUGUCCAGGAGUUGGCGGCUGAUGUUUAUUCUAACCCUCUGGAGAUUACCAUCCGAGGCACUACUCCUUAUGAUCCAUACACACAUCAGCGUCUCAGCAAAAUUAUUAACCAACAUUGAUCUGACAAAAUGUCCAGCACUUCUUGCUUUAGAAGGCUAUGUAGACAGCAGGUUGUUUCUUUAAGUAGUUCCAUGUGUGACAAGUAUUUCCAUCAUCUGUAGACUUUCAAAUGUAUUUUUGGCACAAUGUACUAGAAUGUUAUGAUUUGCUGUUGAAAGAUGAAACCUUCAUGGAGUAUUAUGUUGUUAUUAAUGUAAUUUUUUAUCUUUUUAUAAAAUCUCAAAUAACCAUAUUGUUUUUUUUUUUCUUCUAUAGGUGUUCUGCAUUUUUUACUGUUUCUGUAGGAAAACCAGUUAAUCAAAUUGUUAUUCAAUAUAUAGCAAAUCAUUUUAGGAAAUUUUUUUGUGUCCACUGGAAUCAUCAGCAACCAUAUGUUCAGAUUAGGUAGUUUUCAUUAAAAAUAUAUAUAUUGCUGAAUAAAGAUGUAAAUAUAAUUUUAAGACAGUUCUGUAUGAUAAAAUGAAUAUG